CAUAAAUAAAAUUUUCACCUUUUUUUUGUCAAUUCUUGGCACCAUGACAAACUACAUUUCGUCCACGAAUCCAUUCCAUCCAGAUAACAUGUCACGCUCAUCAACUCUGUCAAGGGUUCUUAUCCAAUCGAAUGUGCUGCACGUUUUACUCGCACAUGCUCUCUCUACAGAAAAGGAAGAGAUUAUGGGGAUGCUUAUGGGAGAUUGGAUAAAGGAGGGCGCGACCGAAAUAGCACGGGUAGAAGGAGUCUCACUUUUAACUCGAUCCGAGAAACGCAAAGACCGAGUCGAGAUCGGACCCGAGCAGCUUACUAUGGCUGCUAUUGAAGCAGAGGAAAUCACAAAGACAACUGGGAAAACUACACGUGUUAUUGGAUGGUAUCACAGCCACCCUCACAUUACAGUAUUCCCCUCUCAUGUCGAUCUUAGGACCCAGCUGUCGCAGCAACUCAUGGACCAGAGGUUUAUUGGCAUGAUUGUGUCUUGCUUCAACACAGAUAGUGAGCUUUCCAAUAAGCUCCAAGUAACAUGUUUUCAGUCGCGACCGGCAGAUGGUAGCUCUUGUCAUCACAUCAAGCUUCCAUUUAGCAUUCUCAACGAAAAUCCACUCGAAUCGCUUACUCUUCCUAAACUUCUUGAAAUCUCAGAACGAAUUUAUGAUGAGCAACGUCAAUCGUUUUACAAAUCAAUACCGAUGUCGACAAUACCUUCCACGACUGCAAAGACGUCCUCGACCAUGUCUUCUAUAGUUAGAUCCAAUAGCAGCGUCACUAGUGGAGGCGGGAAGAGCAGUUCUGGGCGUGAAAAGGGUGCGAGAAGUUUCUUUUCUCUGUCCCCCACACGAACCUUCUCAUUUUCAUCACAAUCAUCACAGAAAGAUCAUGAGGGCGAUACAGUCAUGUCGCCAUCGAGCGAGCACGAGUCGGAUGACUUGGACUCAAAAAGGAACAGGAGUGACCGCGGCUCCAUGGAUGACAUUCCGCAAGAGGAGUUGAGCACAAAAUAUAUUCACAAGGCAAUGUCAUUACCAGAGCGUAUGACCUUGAUCCGGAAUUCCGGUGUAUAUGUUCAAUCGCUUGCUAGCCUUGUUGAUAAUCUUGUUGGCCCGACAUUACAGAUGCUUGUUGACCGUGAGCAGUACAAUCAGUCUUUGCUCGAAUCCCUUCAGCUCCAGAAACAGGCACUUCUGCACCAGCUUAAGGCUCUUGGGCAGUUCCCCACCGGAAGCCAGAAUCUCGUAGAUCUUUCUGAUACUUAAAUAAAGCAGUAUCAUGAUGUCAUUCACC